AUGGUAAAAAAAAUUUAGGAUUCUUUUAAUCACGCUUAAAAACUUUACGAGUAUUAGGAGAAGAAAAUAAGAAGAGAUAAGCCAGCUUCUGAUACAUAAUUGAUGCAAAAAUUACUUCAUUCAGGAACUAUUGCAGAUAAAAUAUCAGCCUUGUCAAUUUCAAUAAAAGAAAACCCAGAUCAUGCUUUAAGUUCCUUAAAUAAAUUAUUAGAAAUAGUACAAUGAUUAAUAUUUAUGUUUAGGCAGCGUUACCUUCAAGAGAGAAAAGCUUAAAAGCUUUAUUUUAACUUAAGGAUUUGUUUGUGCAUUUAAUUUUAAAGAGAGGUGUUCCAUGCAAUUUUGAAGAAUCAAAUUUAAAUGAUGAUUUAUAGAAAUAUUAUUGGCAUGGAAUUAAUGAGGCUUUAUUGAAAACCUGUGAAGUUCUAAUAAAGGCUUCUUAAGAUGUUUUACCAUAUGUUCGAAGACAAGUUAUUUUAAUGAUGCUUGAAUUACAUUGUGCUCAUCCUAUAUAUACAAAAGAACUAAUUAAAGAACUUAUUAAUAAAUUUGGUGACAAAGAGAAAACAAUAAUCACAUUACUUACUAAAAAGUUAUCUGGAGAAUUAUCUGUAACAAUUCUAAUUUAUUAAAGAAAAAACCUGCAUUAACAUAUCCUUUUUUAAAAGAGGCUUAUGGCUUUAUGUAUCGACCCAAUUUACCCUAAGAAGCUUAGUAUUAUUGUCUUAAUUUUAUUAACACAAUCAAUUUAUAAACCUAAGAAACCAGUACAGUAGCAUAUAUGCUGAAAAUUUUCUUCAUCUUUUUCAAAAAAAUUAUGAAAGUGCCUUAAGCUGAUCAAAAAUGUUCUAAAUUGUUUAGUCAAAUUUUAAAAGGAAUCAACAAGACCCUUCCAUAUGGGCAGUCAUUUCUAGAUUAAUUAAAAGAAUUAUACAAAGAAAAUGAAAAAUUGAUAUAUAAAUUAAUUGCAACAGCGGAAAACUUUAAAAUAAAGAUAUAGACACUUUAUUUUGUUUAUUAAAUUUCAGACCUAAAUGCUCAUUAUUAUAGAAGUCUUUAUGAGAUAGUAUUAUUUUAAAAAAUAUUUUAAGUUAUUGUCUUAAGAAAUCCAAAGUACAAGUUUAGGGGAAUUAUUUUUUGAUUUGUUAUUUUUAUCAAUUAAGCAAGAUAAUGAAAUUGUAAGAUAAAAAGCAAUCAUUAAAAGAUUAUUAUAAAUUUCGAUGCAUUCUAAUCUGGCUUUUACGAUCACAACAUUGAUUUGUGUUUAAAAAUUAUGCAUUGAAAUACCUUAAUUAUUAGAAGAGACUAAAGAAUGUUAAGAGUAUUAGUAUUAUAAAAGAGAUCCAUUAUUUUCAGGAGCUUCAUCCUUUGUGAAUGAAAUAAAAGCAUUUACUUAACAUUAUCAUAAUAAAGUUCAAUAGAUUGCCAAAUAAAUUCUAGAUAAAGAUCAAAAUAUAUCAUAAAAGGUUAAUCCUCUUUUAGAAUAUUCCUAAAGUGCUUUUUUGGCAAAAUUUGUAGAGGCCAAAAAUAGAGUUACAAAUAGAAUAUCUAAUUUAUCAGGAUCUGUAAUUAAUGAAGAAUAAUUUAAAUUAAGAUAUGAAAAAUAAAGAUAAUUAGAUAAUCAACUUAAAUUGCAAGUAAAACCUUAAAGAAAAAGUAGUAUUACAAGCGAAGAUGCUUUUGCAGAUGAGCUCUUCGAAAAAGAAUUAUAAAAAGGAAAUUUUUCAGAUGAAGAUGAAAUAGAUUUGAGUAUGGAUGAAGAUGAAGAUGAAUUAGAUUUAUUUGAAGAUGAAACAUAAAAUGAAAAUUAAUCUAAAAAAAUUCCAAAAAUUAUGAGAAAGAUAUACAAAAGACAUAGAUUGUUAAAAAAAUGAUUGAUUUAUUGUUAUUUAGAAAAUGUUAAUUAAAUUAUAAAGGAG